CUCAUAUUAUGCGCUCAUUCGCCAGUCCCUGCAGUCGUGGCAUUCUGACCGGGCGCUGGCGGUAAUCGGCAGCGUUGUCCUGUAGCUCUCGCAAGUUCUGAACCGGCAAGCGGAGAUGGGUGCUCAAGAUAACGAGAGUGAACCGGAACAGUUCCGGAAGCUGUUCAUCGGCGGCCUGGACUACAAGACCACGGAGGAGAGCCUUAAAGGCCACUUCGAACAAUGGGGCGAAGUCGUGGACUGCGUCGUCAUGCGAGACCCCAGCACGAAAAAGAGCCGUGGCUUCGGCUUUAUCACCUUCCGUCGCGCGCACAUGGUUGACGAUGCGCAAGCGGCGCGACCUCACAAGGUCGAUGGCAGAGAGGUGGAACCAAAACGGGCUGUUCCCCGUGAGGAAGCCGGCCGACCGGAGGCACAGGCCACAGUCAAGAAAGUCUUUGUCGGUGGUCUCAAAGAUGACGUUGACGAGUCUGACCUUCGAGACUACUUUUCACAGUUCGGCAACAUCCUGUCCGUCAACUUGGUCACCGAGAAGGAUACUGGCCGCAAGCGUGGUUUCGCCUUUGUUGAGUACGAUGACUACGACCCAGUGGACAAGAUUGUCCUGAAGCGCCACCACAUGCUGAAAGGAAAGAGGACAGAAGUGAAGAAAGCACUUUCUAAGCAAGAGAUGGAAAACCUCAAGAAAGACAAGCGGCCUGCAUUCCGUGGCGGCCGCGGAGGUCGUGGUGACGGCUGGGAAGGUGGCUACGGGGGUGGCGGAUAUGGUGGCGGCGGCUACGGCGGUGGUGGAUAUGGCUCCGGCGGAGGCGGUUACGGCGGUGGUAGUGGUGGCUACGGCGGUGGAGGCUGGAGCCAAGGUGGCGGUGGAGGCUACGGAGACAGCUUCAGCCAGGGUGGCUGGGGAGGUGGCGGUGGCGGAGACUUUGGCUCCGGCUACGGCAACAGCUACGGUGGGGGACCAAUGCGUGGAGGACCAGGAGGCUACUCGCAGCGUGGCUCUGGCCCGUAUGGUAAUGGCAGCGCGGGUGGCUACCGGAGAUAAACAUUCACUCAUCGUGUUUUUAACUGGGGGGUGGCAGGAAAGCUUUGAGAGGGCAGAGCAGCCAGGGCUAGGCAGUGCAGCUUGGUCCGAGCUAGCUAGGCAACCGGCUAGCCCAGGUCUGGAGCUGUGCCAGCAGCAGCUCAGGCAGUGAGUGUCCUCGAGGAAGAACAGCCAGCUGCAGCACAUCACAUUCAACCCCGUCCUCAUCACAUAUGCGCCUUUGUGUCUAUACCAUUGUAUCUCUCUCGCAUAUUGUCUGUGGUCCCCCAAAACGCAACAGCGCUCUCUAGCCAGAGGAAGCACCCGUUGCUCCUGUAGAUGUUGUCUUGUAAUUCAAGUCUCUGGGUCAAUAAAGGCUAGUGUUGUAAGACACAGCAUCUAGUGCACAAGCGA